UUUCCUUGCGUUCUCGUCAAGUACUUCCGGCAGUGACGCACGGUCCCGUUUCUCGGUCCCUCCGUCGGCUCUCACGUGUUUUUUGUGUAUAAAAGGGUUCCAGUCUGCACUCAUCAAUGUCUUGUGGGUCACCAGACAAACGCAGGAAGAUGGAGUCAGCGCUGAACCAGCUGAAGAAGUUCACCGUGGUGGUGGCAGACACGGGAGACUUUAACGCCAUCGAUGAGUACAAGCCUCAAGAUGCAACCACUAAUCCAUCUCUGAUCCUGGCUGCUGCUAAGAUGCCUGCUUACCAGAGCCUUUUGGAUCAGGCCAUAAAAUAUGGCAUUGCUAAAGGAGGUACUGAAGAGGAGCAGGUAGCCAACACGAUGGACAAGCUGUUUGUGAGUUUUGGACUCGAGAUUCUCAAGAAGGUUCCAGGCAGAGUGUCUACAGAGGUGGAUGCCAGAUUGUCAUUUGAUAAAGAUGAAAUGGUGGCAAAAGCCCUGAUGCUCAUAGCGCUGUACGAGGAGGCGGGCAUCAGUAAGGAGCGUGUGCUCAUCAAACUUUCCUCAACAUGGGAGGGGAUCCAGGCUGGCAGGGAGCUUGAGGAGAAACAUGGUGUUCACUGCAACAUGACACUGCUGUUCUCCUUUGCUCAGGCUGUAGCUUGUGCAGAAGCAAAAGUAACUCUUAUUUCCCCUUUUGUUGGGCGCAUUCUUGACUGGUACAAGGAGAACACAGACCGUAAAAGCUACGAGCCACAUGAAGAUCCAGGUGUGGUGAGCGUGACCAAGAUUUACAACUACUACAAGAAGUUUGGCUAUGGCACUGUUGUGAUGGGGGCCUCCUUCAGAAACACGGGUGAAGUGAAGGCUCUGGCUGGCUGUGACCUGCUCACAAUCUCCCCUGGUCUGUUGGCAGAGCUUAGCGAGGAUCACAGCUCGGUCACUGAGCUACUAAGUGUGGAGAAAGCUAAAUCCUGUGAUCUGGAGAAGAUCCACUUGGAGGAGAAGGAUUUCCGCUGGCAGCACAAUGAGGACCGCAUGGCUGUGGAGAAAUUGUCAGAUGGCAUCCGCAAGUUUGCUGCUGACGCCAUCAAGCUGGAAACCAUGAUUAAAGAGAAGAUACUCAGUGUUAAAAACGGCCAGUAAUGAACAGUUCUGGUGUCCACCUGUAGCUAAAGAUGAAUAAUGAGUGGAGACCACCUUAUUUUGCCCUGAAUAAAGAGGACCUUCCUCGCCGCUCUUGCCAGACUCCUGGGACCACCCUCCUUCUCUUGGGAUGGGGCUGUUUUUUGACCAAAUAAAAAUGAUUCGUGUUUCA